AUGUUCUUCAGCUGCCGCGCCAAACAGCCCACGCCUCCGCCGCCCCGGCCUCAUUGCGUCUCCUCUGGCUGCGUCCACAAGGUCUUGAAGUGCGAGGCACCAACCAAGGCUAAGCGCAUUCUCUCCAUCUUCUGCAAAGACCAUGCCUGCCGCUCGCGUACCGGCGAGAAGAUGUGUACGAACCCCAAACAGCCUGGAUUAUCCAAGUACUGCGAAGACCACGGCCGCUGCCACUGCCAGGGCUGUUCCAAUCAGCGUAUCUUUGCCGACGCAAACCAGGACUGGCCAUAUUGCCAAAACCGUACGUUUCUCGUAACUUUCGCGUCCUUAAUACCGCAUAGUUCACUGGCUAUAAUACUGAUUUCACCGUCUCUCGGGCAUACAGACACCUGUUCAAGCUAUGGAUGCCACAACAAGCGAGCCACUAACUCUCAAAUGUGCAGCUUCCACACGCCCAUCUGCCUUAUCCCUGCCUGCGGUCACCCUCGCGUCGGCGAUGGCCUCUACUGCUCGAGCCACACCUGCACAGAUAAGGAAUGCAGCAGUGUCAUCGACGGCGGCAGCUGGUGUAGAGAUCACCGGCUCUGCAAGACCGCGGGGUGCUCCUCGCCGAGGGUGGUUUCGCCCGGUAGAACGCAUGAAGAAGUUUGCUGGUUCCAUCUACCGACAAGCUGCAACGCGACAGCCUGCGGAGCCGUCGUCAGCGGCGGCGUCCACUUCUGUCCCCAGCACGAGUGUACCUAUCCGCCAUGCCGCGAGCGCAAGGACAACGGAACGGACGCGUCAAGACUCUACUGUGCCAGUCACACCUGCCACGCCCAAACCUGCCCCCAACCAGCAGCAGACCUCGCGAACCCCUCGAAACCACCACACCGACCGAGCUUCUGCGUAGCGCACAAGUGCGCGGCAAGCCCAGAGUGUCCUCACCCCUCGAAACCCGCCAGCCGCCGCUGCGCCCUCCAUGCCUGCUUGCACCCGUCCUGCCCGGCCCCGCGCGCCGACGAUCCGCUACUCGUCUCUGCCAGCCAGUUUUGUAUCGGACACGAGUGCCGGGCUACGGGAUGUCAUGGCGCCGCGAGAUCCAACGGGAGUUACUGCGACGCGGCCCAUGCCUGUGUUGUCCCCGGAUGUCCCUCCCCGCGUGACAUCGGCUCCGGCGGACUCGGAGUAGGUGGCCCCGGAUCCGUAUGCUGCGCCUCUCAUACAGCCAUGAUUGCCCGCGACACCUCCGGCUGGAGCACCACCAUCGAGCGCAAGAGUGUACCCACGCCACCUUCGUCACCGCUGCCGCAGACGCAGAAGCAGAAGUUUCCGUAUCUCAGUCAGACGGAGGAGGCGCUGGGGAUGCGGUUCAGGGAGGAGAGGGAGAGACACGAUCAGGAGGCUAGACUUGCGGAGGAGACGAGGGCUUGGCAUGCUGUCACCACGGCCGCUGCUGCUCGCGGUGGGAGUGAUGAGGUCGAGGUUGUGGGGGGCGUGCCGGUGCCGGGUGGAUUUGAGACGAGGGGGAAGAGGCACCGGGCUAGAAGAAGGGGGAGUUAUGAUAGUGGGGUUGCGCCGAGUCCGACUGUGAGUGAGGGGACUUCGCCGAGUGACUUCACGUUUGUGAGUUGA